AUGCGCCUCGUGGACCAAUCAGCGUUCAGCGUAGUCGCUGAGCGGCACCCUGCGCAAGGCUCGACCUCUUUGCCCGACAAAUACACUCCCCAACGGAGGCUAGCUCCGUCAGCAGAAAGCCCGAAGAGGCCACAUUGGACCUGCUCCUACACUUACGUCGCAGAGAGGCCACAUUGGACCCGCUCCUACACUUACGUCGCAGAGAGGCCACAUUGGACCUGCUCCUACACUUACGUCGCAGAGAGGCCACAUUGGACCCGCUCCUACACUUACGUCGCAGAGAGGCCGCAUUGGACCCGCUCCUACAGUUACGUCGCAGAGAGGCCACAUUGGACCCGCUCCUACACUUACGUCGCAGAGAGUCCACAUUGGACCCCCUCCUACACUUACGUCGCAGAGAGGCCACAUUGGACCUGCUUCUACACUUACGUCACAGAGAGGCCACAUUGGACCCGCUCCUACACUUAUGUCGCAGAGAGGCCACAUUGGACCCGCUCUUACACUUACGUCGCAGAGAGGCCACAUUGGAUCCGCUCCUGCACUUACGUCACAGAGAGGCCACAUUGGACCCGCUCUUACACUUACGUCGCAGAGAGGCCAUAUUGGACCCGCUCCUACACUUACGUCGCAGAGAGGCCACAUUGGACCCGCUCAUACACUUACGUCGCAGAGAGGCCACAUUGGACCCGCUCCUACAUUUACGUCGUAGAGAGGCCACAUUGGACCUGCUCCUACAGUUAA